UAGUUUUGAUCAGCGCUAACAGUGUGGAUAUGUGCCGAACCAGCUGAUGCUUAGUUGCUUCUUUUUUCCUGCAGCCCCGACUUUUUCCCCUGCGCGCGUCGACCGCACAGCGCACAGAUCAGCCAAUUCCUUUCAGCCGGUGGCUAAAGAAAAAAUUGCCAAGUUCGACAGAAAACUUGCUGAGGAUCGGAUCUAGACGUAUUCUCUAUCAGCGUUUGUUGUACUGUUGUGCCCGGGGCGGCGCACGGUCAUGCCGAUGCAGAGCACAGCACUAAGUCCCUUAACGGCGAUGGAUAGUUAUGUGUUCGCGGCGGCCGCAGCACAUCGCUCCUUCUCCGAUCGGCUGCAGUUGACAUCCAGCACACAGCAGCCGCCGCAGCUGCAGCCCGUGGGCGUCAGUGAGCACGACCACGGGGCCAGUCCGCACCCGCUGCCGGACAGCAGCGCCGAUUAUGCCGGCGUGGUCACGCCGCUGGCGGCGAUCAGUCUGGCUGACCACUAUCAGCAGCAGCAGAAUGGCGGGGUGGACGCCGAGGGCGGUGGCCACGAGCACAGCCAUCACUGUCAUGUGCAGCAGAUCGGCGCCGGGAAUUUCCUCCUGCAUUCCAACGGCUCCAUCGAGCUGACCAAGGGACUGAUGCCGGAGGAGGCCUGGCAGUUUGCCGGCGCCAUCCCGCAGCUGCACGGCUCCAUGCACCCGGUGGGCAAUUUUCAUAUUCCCAACUGCGGAAUACCCUAUUCGCCCGUCUCCACUGGACAGCUGUUGCAGAGUCACCAGGAUAAUCAGCAUCACACUUUUGACUUUCAGUCCGUUAUUCAAGAGCGCAAGAUGCUGCCGUCGGACAUGAUCGAGGAACAGGAGCUGGUGACCCUUUCUGUCCGCGAGCUCAACAAGCGCCUCCACGGUUGCCAACGCGACGAGAUCAUCCGGUUGAAACAAAAGCGACGUACACUGAAAAAUCGCGGCUACGCGCAGAACUGCCGCUCCAAGCGGAUGCAGCAGCGACACGAUCUGGAGACGCAGAACCGCAUCCUACAGAACGAGAUGAACCACCUGCGCCGGCAACUGGAUGAAGUGUGCAAACAACGGGACGCCUAUCAGCGCCAGUGCGAGAAUCUGCAGAACGGCGGCCUCUCGCCGCCCAAACACGCCUACGUCAACACGAUCACGCCCACCAACGCCGCCCUCCAGCUGCCCAACGGGGCCAUCAUGCGGACGACACGGAGUCAUAAUAAUAAUAAUAACGGUGUGGAAGCCACGAGGGAGCGGGAGAAUACCGCCAAUAAUUCGCCCAUUCAAUAUCCCAGCGCUGAAUAAUUAUUUUGGAGAUUUUUUUAUGAUUUUACGAAGUAAGAGGAAUUUUAUAAAAUUUAGAAUGCGUGACCUUUCCCGUUAAAUAUCUAGGAAUUCAUUUUUAAAGCAGAGAGACCGUUAAGGAUUGCAUUACCCGGUGGAAAAAUUUAUAAGAUUGUUUUUAAAAAGUGUUUUAUCGACGCAGAAAAAAUAUAUGGAAAGUAUUUUGCGGUUUGAGAUUUUAGUUGUUUGUUUGGAAUUACGUUUUUGCAUUUUUGCGCCCGUUCCUUUUCCUUGCGAUGCGUAUUGCCCUUUUGGAAUAUACAGUUCAUCUUUUUUGGCUCAUUUAUUUUCUGUCGGCUGGAGGAGUGCUAAUCUCACCAAGAAAUUCUCUGUAAAUUUCCCCUUCGCGUGGCUCAGAUUGAUGUUCCUGCAUAUUAUAUACACGGUUGUCCUGUGUGUUUUUCUUCUUUUUUAUCCUAUCCGUGUUCUUUAAAGGGAAAUCUUGUUUGUUUUGUUUGAAUUAUCUACGUUUUACGGGUAUCUUUGGGUCUUGUUAGCGGUGAAAGCACACAUUCCGAAAUGUUUUAUCACCUCUCGAAGAUUGAUGUUUCAAGAUUUGUUCAGAAUUGUCGCAAAAUACAUAUGGAGAAAGCUG